CUGCCGACGUACCGCGGCUUCGACACGUGGCUCGGCUACUUCGCCGGCGCCGAGGACCACUGGACGCAGCGGCGCGCGGAGGCGCGCCACGACCUCGUCGACCUCUGGUUCGACGACGGCACCGAAAAGACGCCGGACGGCGGCGGCCCCGCGCGGGGGCUCGAAGGAAAAUACUACGGCGACGAGCUCUACACGCGGCGCUUCGAGUCGCUCGUGCGAAACCACCCGCGGGAGCGGCCCUUCUUCGCCUAUUUCGCGUACCAGUGCGUCCACGACCCGCUCCAGGCGCCGCGGCGGUUCCUGAAAAAGUACGCCGCGUUCGACGGCCCCGCGCACGCCGCGCGGCGGCGCGCGCAGUACGAGGCCAUGGCGUCCUUCGUCGACGACUCCGUCGGCCGCGUCGAGGCCGCGCUCCGGGCGCGGGGCAUGUGGCGCGACUCGCUUGUCGUCUUCGCGACGGACAACGGCGGCGCCGUCGGCUUCGACGCGGACAGCGGCAACAACUGGCCCCUCCGCGGCGGCAAGUACAGCGACUUCGAGGGCGGCGUCCGCGGCGUCUGCUUCGUCGCC